AUGGAUUCUUCAAAAGAUCGCGAGAACUUCGUUUAUGUCGCCAAGCUCGCCGAGCAAGCUGAACGCUACGACGAAAUGGUGGAUGCGAUGAAGAAAGUAGCAAAACUUGAUGUUGAACUAACGGUGGAGGAGAGAAACUUGCUCUCUGUGGGCUACAAAAAUGUGAUCGGUGCAAGAAGGGCAUCAUGGAGAAUCUUGUCAUCGAUUGAGCAAAAGGAGGAGUCGAAAGGGAAUGAGACAAAUGUGAAGAGGAUCAAAGAGUAUAGACAGAAGGUGGAGGCGGAGUUAACUGGCAUUUGCAAUGAUAUUAUGGCAGUGAUUGAUGAGCAUCUCAUUCCUUCAUCUACAGCUGGGGAAUCCACUGUGUUUUACCAUAAGAUGAAAGGUGAUUAUUACCGGUAUCUAGCAGAGUUCAAGAGCGGUAAUGAGAGGAAAGAGGCAGCUGAUCAGUCACUUAAGGCAUAUGAGACUGCUACAACAACUGCAGCAAGUGAUCUAUCUCCCACCCAUCCCAUUCGACUGGGUUUGGCGCUUAAUUUCUCUGUGUUCUAUUAUGAGAUUAUGAACUCUCCUGAACGGGCCUGCCAUCUUGCAAAGCAAGCAUUUGAUGAAGCUAUUUCAGAGCUGGAUACCCUGAGUGAAGAGUCUUACAAAGAUAGCACUUUGAUUAUGCAGCUGUUGAGGGACAACCUCACUUUGUGGACUUCUGAUAUUCCUGAGGAUGGAGCUGACGAGAAGAUGGAAACCUCUGCCAGAACUGGUGGGGGUGAAGAUGCUGAGUGA